AUGGAUGAUCAUGGCUCUCUCUCUCUCUCUCUCUCUCUCUCUCUCUCUCUCUCUCUCUCUCUCUCUCUCUCUCCCUAUAUGGAUGAUCAUGGCUCUCUGUCUCUCUCUCUAUAUAUAUGGAUGAUCAUGGCUCUCUCUCUAUCUCUCUAUCUCUCUCUCCCUAUUUGGAGGAUCAUGACUCACUCUCUCUCUCUCUCUCCCUAUUUGGAGGAUCAUGACUCUCUCUCUCUCUCUCUCCCUCUCCCUAUAUGGAUUAUCAUGCCUCUAUCAUGGCUCUCUUCCUGUUUCUCUCUCCCUAUAUGGAUGAUCAUGGCUCUCUCUCUCUCUUUUCCCUAUAUGGAUGAUCAUGGCUAUCUCUCUCUCUGUCCCUAUAUGGAUGAUCAUGGCUCUCUCUAUCUAUCUCUCUAUAUGGAUGAUUAUGGCUCUCUUUCUAUCUCUCCCUAUAUGGAUAAUCAUGUCUCUCUCUCUCUCGAUGAUCAUUGCUAUCUGUCUCUCUCGCCCUCGCUCUCGUUCUCUCUCUCCCUAUAUGGAUGA